ACGUUUAACGCAUGCGCAAUAGGUUCAAAAUAGUAAAACAAACUACAAAUUAAACGCCAAGAGGACUACAAUUUGUCGUGGACAUGCGCGGUAGAAGUCUUGAGUCCUUUAAAUGUACUGUACGUGCAAAGAUGGCAGCUCAAGUCGACUUGCACCGUGCGAAAGUAGGAGAAGAAAAUGUGAGGGACACUCUUGAUCGUUUUAUUAAAGAGAAGAAGAAAAAGAAGAAACGGGACCUGUCGCCGUCGGAGGACAAACGGGACAUAUCCGAGAAAGAAGCGAAGAAAGUGAAGCUCCAUCAUCACCAUCACAACCACAACCACCAACACGCUGAGCAACGGACCCACCAACCGCAUCAGCUGCAGCAAAAUCCCAAGCCCCUCAGUUUCAGCCCCGAUAAGCAUGUGCUCCACAGACGCCACCACCACCCCCCUCACAGCCUCACUAACGGUACGAAGAAGAGCCUGGAGCCGACGCUGCCUCCGCGGAAGAUACCGGAGCAGCUGCAGAAGAAGCGAGCGGCGUCUCCGGAGCCACCUGCGCUCUUCACUUUCACGCCUCUCAAAGUGGUCAAGGCCAAGCCCGGGGAUUUCAAGGAGAAGCACAGGGAUAAAGAGCUGAAACUGAAGCUCAAGAAGGAAAAUGCUGAGGCAAAUGUGAAACACGCAGAACUGAAGAAAAGGGAGCCAAGGCCUCACAAUGAGAAUAUCAAGUCUCUAACUCUGGAGGAGUAUCUCCUUAAGAAGAAAAAGAAGAAGAAGAAGCACCGUGAGGAUGAGCACAGUGCCAAGAAGGUCCGAUACAUGCACAACAAAGCAGUACAGACAGUGUGUGCAGGACUUGGAGCGGAUCUCACUCUGCCUGUUCACCCUGAUCCGACUCUGCCUAGCACCAUGAAGCACAAAGGCAGUCGCCAGUCGGACAGAAGUGCUGUCGACAGCCUGCAGCCCUACCUCCACACUCUCAAACUGGGUCAAGUCCCCUUCCUCUCUCACCAAGAUCACUACAUCCGCAGCUCCUGCCUCCAGACAGGCACCUGGUAUGGACGCUUCAUGCACGAGGAAAGGCAAGCCAAUGGUGGGGGGUCAGUUCUGCAUGCAUAUGCUGACGAGUUAGCCUGUCUCAGUCCAGCUGAGAUGGAGUGCUUUGCACAGGAGUUCCUGGAGUUGGCUUUUGCUGAAAAGCCUAGAGGUGCGGCCUCCUAUGCUUUGACAGUGGUGCACAAUGCAGCCACCUACCUACCUGACUUCCUGGACUACUUUGCCUUCAACUUCCCCAAUACGCCAGUGAAAAUGGAGAUAAUGGGCAAGAAAGACAUCGAGACCACCACUAUUGCCAACUUUCACUCUCAGGUGAGCCGGACUUACUGUUCAGGAACAUACCGGGCCGGACCCAUGAGGCAAAUCAGCUUGGUGGGAGCCGUGGACGAGGAAGUCGGGGACUACUUCCCAGAGUUCCUUGACAUGCUGGAAGAGUCGCCCUUCCUCAAGAUGACCCUGCCGUGGGGAAGCCUGUCCAGUCUGAAGCUGGACUGUCGCUCUCAGAGUGACGAUGGGCCCAUCAUGUGGGUGCGACCAGGAGAACAAAUGGUCCCCACUGCUGACAUGCCCAAGUCUCCUUUCAAACGACGCAGGUCUAUGAAUGAGAUAAAAAAUCUGCACUACCUGCCGAGAGCCAGCGAGCCCAGAGAAGUUCUGUUUGAGGACCGGACUAAGGCCCAUGCUGACCACGUAGGCCAGAGCUUUGACUGGCAGAGCACUGCCGCUGUGGGGGUGCUGAAGGCAGUGCAGUUUGGAGAAUGGAAUAACCGACCUCGGAUAACCAAAGAUGUGGUGUGUUUCCAUGCUGGGGACUUCAACGAAGUUGUCCAGAGACUGCAGCUGGACCUCUAUGAGCCCCCAGUGUCUCAGUGUGUCCAGUGGGUGGACGACGCCAAGCUCAACCAGCUGAGGAGGGAAGGCAUCCGCUACGUCCGUGUCCAGCUGUGUGACGACGACAUUUACUUCAUCCCAAGGAACGUCAUUCACCAGUUCAAGACGGUGUCUGCGGUUUGCAGCCUGGCCUGGCACAUCCGCCUCAAACGGUACCAUCCUGAGGCCGAGGAGGAGGAGCAGCAACCCAGUGAUCUCAGCCCCACCUCAGGCCGAGUCUCUUUUUCCUCCCCUGCCAGGCCUGAUGUAACGCCCUGCGUUAGACCGCCAGGUGACGGCAUUCAAGGUGGGGUGGCCAAGACUGAAGAACCAGAGUUCCAGAGGCCAGCAACACCUCCCCGGGAGCCUCAGCCGGCACCUCCGCAACCCACCAAAUCUGCUCAUUUGCCCCCGACAUACCAGGAUCCUCACUUUUCCUUGGCACCUGUCCACUCUGCCUGCACACCUUCAGAAGAACCCACCAUUCCAAAAGCCUUUGGCCACACUGCAGAGUUCUCAAAAUGACCUUUGUGCCCCACCCCCAUCCUCUCUCUGUGCACUGUGGGAGGGGCUCACGUGAAGGAAUUUGAGACUAAAACUGACGUCGGUGUCAAUCAGGAAGCCUUUCACCUCAAAUUAUUCUCCACGCUUUUUUAAAUCUUUAAAUGUUGGCUCAAAUUUUACCAAUGCUUUUUCAGUUAAAGUAUAUUGUUUAAUGAGAUGAUGUAAAACUUUUUUUUUUUAAAUUAUUAUUCGGUCGCCCCUAAACUGGAGCACUCUGCUGUCUUAUUUAAAAAGUGUAUAUGGUGUAAAAAAAAAUUUAUUUUUAGACUGACGAUGUAAGUUGCCACACUUACUGUUAGAAACAGAUUUUUAAUUCAUGUUCCAGGCUCAGCUGUUAAUUUUUGGCAGAAUUACUUGACCUGAAGUCACAAGUGCAGGUGGACUGCUUGUUUACCUACAAUAUGAUUAUUCUGAAAGCAUGACGCUGACAUCACACUGCUUUAUUAGUGUGAGUGAUGCAGACAUAAUCUCUAAUCUCAUAUAAUAAUCUGAAGAUGUUGGGUUUUAUAGAACGAAGACAUUGUCGGUUGUCUACGAAGGGUAGCCAGGUCUUUUUCAUAAAACUCAGAAGCUCAGCACAUAUUAGAAUUCAUGGAUUGGCCACAACCAGUAAACAUAAAAAAAAAAAUCAUUUGCUUUUUAUUUUGAAAAACCUUUCAUAUAAAUUGAGGAAGAGAUUUUCCUUUAUUUUGAAACUGAGUGUAAUUAUGCUACAAGCACUUACAAGUUCUUUGUUAGCUUCACGGCUGUGUUAGUCUUUAUUUAAAUGUUUUAUACAUUGUCCUUUUUCUUGCUGUUGAUACAGUUUUGAUAUUUUAUUUAUUUUCUUAAGAUGAAAAUUAACAUAUGAUCACAGGUUUAUAACCAAUGAUGAAUAUUUAAAGUUGUGAUCUAAUUAUAGGACCACCUCUAGAUGACAUUGGAAUUACAGCUAUUGCAUUUAGCAAUAAGAGUGGGGUUUUUUUCUGUAGGUGUGGAAUACGUCUUCAGACUUUAUGUAAAUAUGUUGUCGUACAGUAGCUGAGAAUAUGUGAAUGCUGUCAGUGCACUCGUUCUUCAUUUGAUUCAAGUUCAUUCACACCUUUAGUUUUAGCUGUAAUAUCACUAGGUUGUAGAGGGUUACUGUGGUUGUGUACACU